CCGGAAGAAGUCGCCUUUCUGCACGGAAGUCGGCUUUUUGGAGUCAUAGAAGUGAGGCGCGCCGGGUGUGCGGGAAUAAGAUGGCGGGGAAGAAGAAUGUCCUGUCGUCUCUGGCAGUUUAUGCGGAAGAUUCAGAGCCCGAGUCUGACGGCGAAGCUGGAGUGGAAACGGCAGGCAGCGCGGCUGAGGAGAAAGGCGGGUUGGUAUCUGAAGCCUAUGGAGAGGAUGAUUUUUCUCGCCUCGGGGGUGACGAAGAUGGUUAUGAAGAAGAAGAGGAUGAGAACAGCAAGCAGUCGGAAGAUGACGAUUCAGAGACUGAAAAACCUGAGGCUGAUGACCCAAAGGAUAACCCAGAAGCAGAAAAGCGAGAUCCCCAGGAAUUAGUGGCCUCCUUUUCUGAAAGAGUCCGAAACAUGUCACCUGAUGAAAUCAAGAUCCCGCCGGAGCCUCCUGGCAGAUGUUCAAAUCACCUCCAGGACAAGAUCCAGAAGCUUUAUGAGCGGAAGAUAAAGGAGGGAAUGGAUAUGAACUACAUCAUCCAGAGGAAGAAGGAGUUUCGGAACCCCAGCAUCUACGAGAAGCUCAUCCAGUUCUGUGCGAUUGACGAGCUUGGCACCAACUACCCAAAGGACAUGUUUGACCCCCACGGCUGGUCUGAAGACUCCUACUAUGAGGCAUUAGCCAAAGCCCAGAAGAUUGAAAUGGACAAACUGGAAAAGGCCAAAAAGGAGCGAACCAAAAUUGAGUUCGUGACGGGCACCAAGAAAGGCACCACGACCAACGCCACAGCCACCACCACCACCACGGCCAGCACGGCUGUUGCAGACGCCCAGAAGAGGAAGAGCAAGUGGGACUCGGCCAUCCCAGUGACGACGAUAGCGCAGCCCACCAUCCUCACCACCACGGCCACCCUGCCGGCUGUCGUCACGGUGACCACCAGUGCCAGCGGCUCCAAGACCACUGUCAUCUCUGCCGUGGGCACCAUCGUGAAGAAGGCCAAGCAGUGACGGAGGCACCCGCUUGGGGUGGCUCGGACACUCUCCCUCCGUCGAGGGCAGGAGCCACUCCAGGACUUGACAGGACUGGUGACUGGUGCCCGCCGGGAGGUGCUGCUGAAUGUGUCAGGACUGGGACGCGCUCCCCCGAUGCCCCCGGCGUGGCGUUCCAGAUGGAAGAGGCGUUGCUGCGGAGUUGUGGGGCUCUGAGGACGGUGUCCCACACCCCGCGGGGUCUGCCGCCCCAUUAAAAGGGCCGCGCCCUCACCCCUCGGCCUCUCGGGUGCAGCGGCCUCUUCUGCAGUCUGUUUUGGGGCAGAUGUGAAAGCUCACGCAUCCCCCCAUCUUCCCGGCUGGGUUGUCACCUCAGGGUUGGCAGUGGGGUGACAAAGCCUGGGGUUCUGCUCAGAGCACUGGGGUCACUCCCAGCGCACACCUCUUGGCGUGGGCAGAGGGGGCUCCAGGGACUGGGAGGACCCCGCGUUCCCGCUGCCUGCCACCCUGAUGCACAAACCCAGCCAGUUCUCAGGCAGGAAGGAAUCGGGGCCUCUGCUCCCUGGGGGCGGUUGAGCCCGCCUAGGGCCCCUCCUCGGACAUACCGUGGCCUUAGAGGUCAAGCCGGUUGCCAGAAGGGCUGGGGUUGAUCCCCAACCCACGCAGGGAGGUUGGCGCCUGGCCAGAGGGCUCCGCGGGAGAUGAAUCACCUCCCGGCCGGCUGGGCGGCGCUCGCUGUUUACAGGAGGCCGGCUCCCGGGAGGACCCUGCACCCCGCCCUUCCUGCGCCUGUUAUCUCUGCCCCACAGCAGCCCUGGGCAGCGCCGGGGCCCGCUGGGCUCCUCUUAGGGCCAAAACAGAUUUCCCAGCCCCUGCCAGCCAGUCCGGGUCCGGGGGAAACCGUUUGCCUUUCCUGCUUUUUGGCAGCUCUCCCCCCAGCGGAUGCGCUGCGUGUCCGCAGAGGAAGCCGGGCUGUGAAGGGCCGGACUGCUUCCCUGGGGUGAGGGGGCAUUCAGAAAGCAGGACCCGAGGCUGCUGCGUGACCAGAGAGCGUGCUGACCUGCCCUGCGGUCCCCAAGAGAGAAAUCAAGUCACACUUGCCUCCAGCCCACAAGCACACACUUGGCAUCAAAAGAGAUGGGCUCUCUCCCUCCCCACCUCGGAGGAGCCUUUGCAGCCCUGGAGAGAGGGGCCGCUGCCCCGAGCUCCCAGGGCUUCCUGCCCGGCCACCCCAGCAGGGGCCCAUCUCCUUCCACAAGGGCCUGUGGAGCUUGAGUGGGAGGCAGCGUGGGGCAGGGGGCACAGCAGGAACAGAGCCAGCAUCCCUGCUCUGGAUCCCAGUUGAAGACAAGUUGUGUCUGGAGUCCUGUGGGUUAUGGGCCCCUCCCUCCGUAAAGCCUUCUCUGUCAGAUCACGGCAAUAAAGCUUCUUAAGGUGAUUGUGAGGAA